AUGUCUGAGAAAAAUGGAGUUUCCUCCAACUCCACCACGGCUCGAACAGUCACCAAUUCUACCGCUCUAGAAGUGCCUCCUCCUUACGUGCAAACCAUUGAGCAGGUGACCAAGCAGGAAAAUGCCAACAUUCACCAGGGUCUUUCCGACUCUGAGGUCAAGGACCGUCUCGCCAAGGUGGGCCCCAACCAGCUCGACGAGGGCGAGGGCAUUUCGCUCAUCAAGGUCAUUGUCGGCCAGGUGGCCAACGCCAUGAUUCUGGUGCUCAUCAUUUCCAUGUGCAUUUCGUUCGGAAUCCGAGACUGGAUUGCCGGUGGUGUCAUUGCCGGCGUUCUGGGCAUUAACGUGCUGGUUGGAGUCAUCCAGCAGUACAACGCCGAAAAGACCAUGGACUCUCUCCGAUCGCUGUCUUCUCCCACCGCUCGAGUGAUUCGAAACGGAGAAGAUACCACUGUGCCCUCCGGCGACAUUGUUCCCGGCGACCUCGUGGUUGUCAAGGUCGGCGACACCAUUCCCGCCGACUUCCGAAUUAUCGAGCAGGUCAACUUUGAGACCGACGAGGCUCUGCUGACCGGUGAGUCCCUACCCAUUGCUAAAGACGCCGAAAUCGUUUUCGACGAUAUCAACCUGCCUGUCGGCGACCGAAUCAACAUGGCUUUUUCCUCCUCCAUUGUUUCCAAGGGCCGAGCCAAGGGAAUCGUCACCUCCACUGGAAUGAACACCGAGAUCGGAGUCAUUGCCCAGUCGCUCAAGGGCCAGGACCGAGGCUUCCGACCCGUCAAGCGAGAUGAGUUUGGAAAAGCCCGAAAGCGAGACUACAUGGGCGCCUUUUUCGGCACCUGUGGAGACUUCAUCCAGACCUUCCUCGGAACCAACGUCGGAACCCCGCUGCAGCGACGACUGGCCAAGCUGGCUCUCUACCUGUUUGGUAUCGCCGUGAUCUUCGCCAUCGUCGUCAUGGCCGCCCAGAAGUUUGACGUGAACCGAGAGGUGGCCGUCUACGCCAUUGCUACCGCCCUCGCCAUGAUCCCCGCCUCCCUCGUUGUUGUUCUCACCAUUACCAUGGCCGUUGGAACCAAGGUCAUGGUCCGCCGAAACGUCAUUGUCCGAAAGCUCGACUCCCUGGAGGCUCUUGGAGCCGUCAACGACAUUUGCUCCGACAAGACUGGAACCCUGACCCAAGGAAAGAUGAUUGCCCGAAAGGUUUGGAUCCCCUCGGUCGGAACCUUCACUGUGGAACGAUCUGAGGAGCCCUUCAACCCCGAGCAGGGAGUCACCGACCUGCUGCCCUGGGACCCCAAGACUGAGUACGCCAAGCGACGAGAGACUGACGACCCCCGUGCCUUCGACGACGUCAUGGUCGACGUGUCGCGACGAAACACCGAUGAGCAGAGUCCCCUGUUCCGAAACUGGAUCGACUGUGCCUCUCUGGCCAACAUUGCCGAGGUUUUCACUGACAACGAGGGCGCCUGGAAGGCCACCGGUGACCCCACCGAAAUCGCCAUCCAGGUGUUUGUUUCUCGACUGGGCAAGUCCCGAGAGGAGCUCAUGAAGCAGCAGGGCCUGGUCCACGUUGCCGAGCACCCCUUCGAUUCCACUGUCAAGCGAAUGUCCGCCAUCUAUGAUGCCCCCGAUCAGUCCCGAGUCAUUUUCACCAAGGGUGCCGUCGAGCGAGUCCUCGCUUGUGUCACCACCUGGACCGACCCCGUUUCUGGCGACACCGCCACCUUUGACGACACCUGCGUUGCCGAGAUUGAGAAGCAGAUGGAGACUCUGGCCAAGCAGGGUCUGCGAGUGCUGGCUUUUGCCACCCGACCCAUGGACGCCUCCGAGGACCCCAAGGCUCGUGCCGAUGUGGAGAAGGAUCUCCACUUCCUCGGUCUGGUUGGAAUCUACGACCCCCCUCGAGCUGAGUCUGCCCCCGCCGUGGCCAAGUGUCACGAGGCUGGCAUCAACGUCCACAUGCUGACUGGAGACCACCCCGGAACCGCCAAGGCCAUUGCCCAGGAGGUCGGCAUCAUCCCCGUCAACCUGUACCACUACCCCCAGGAGGUUGUCGACGUCAUGGUCAUGACUGCCAUGCAGUUUGACGCUCUGUCCGACGAAGAGAUUGACGCGCUCCCUGUUCUGCCCCUAGUUAUUGCCCGAUGUGCCCCCGCCACCAAGGUCCGAAUGAUUGACGCUCUGCACCGACGAAACCGAUUCACCGCCAUGACCGGAGACGGUGUCAACGACUCGCCGUCUCUCAAGAAGGCCGACGUCGGUAUUGCCAUGGGUAUUGCCGGCUCCGAUGUGGCCAAGGACGCCUCCGACAUUGUGCUUUCUGACGAUAACUUUGCUUCGAUUCUCAACGCUGUGGAAGAGGGCCGACGAAUGGCCGACAACAUCCAGAAGUUUGUCCUCCAUCUGCUGGCCGGUAACGUUGGCCAGGCAUUCUUCCUGCUGCUCGGUCUCGUUUUCCAGGACGACACCGGCUUCUCCGUUUUCCCCCUGUCUCCCGUCGAGGUUCUGUGGAUCAUUAUGAUCACCUCCGCCUUCCCCGCCAUGGGUCUCGGAGUGGAGGCUGCCCAGCCCGAUAUCAUGACCAAGCCCCCCCGUGACCCCAAGGAGGGUCUCUUCAACUGGGAGCUCAUCACCGACAUGGUCAUCUAUGGUCUCUGGCUCGCUGCCAUCUGUAUCUCCUCGUUUGUCAUUGUCGUGUACGCCGACGGAAAGGGCCAGCUCGGAGUGGACUGUAACAAGGAGUUUUCCGAGUCUUGCCACUUUGUCUACCGAGCCCGAGCCCUGGCUUUUGUCGAAAUGACCUGGAUGUUGCUCGUGCUCGCCUGGGAGGUGAUUGACAUGCGACGAUCCGUCUUUGCCAUGCACCCUGACUCUGAGACUCCCUACACCCAGGUCUUCAAGGACCUGUGGUCUAACCAGUUCCUCUUCUGGUCCGUCAUUCUCGGCUUCUUCACCGUCUUCCCCGUUGUGUACAUUCCCGUCAUCAACGACAAGGUCUUCCUGCACAAGGGCAUUUCCUGGGAGUGGGGCGUUGCCGUCCUCGGUCUCAUUCUCUUCGUCAUUGGCGUCGAGAUGUACAAGUGGGCCAAGCGAGUUUUCUUCCGACACUAUGAGAAGAAGCAGAAGAAGAAGGCCGUCAUUUCCGACUUUGACGACUCCGACCCCUUCGCCAAGUUUGCCCAGACCGUGUCUCGAUCCAACACCAUGGAGAAGAACCCCAUUGCCAUUGUCUGA